UGAGCCUCUCCCAUCGGGAGACAUCACCACCAGCGCCCGGCCCAGCAGCAUCGGCAGCGAGGCGAGCGGAACAUGGGAGAGACGGCGGUGUAGCGGCCGAUCGGGCGUCGGGAGGAGAUCCGCAGCGGAGCGUUAUUUAUUGACCUAUUUAUUCUCGUAUUUAUUCGCCCUCCCCGUAAUGGCUGGGCUCCGGGGCUGCGGCUUCUGAGCGGCAGGUGCAACAUCAUCGACGACUCGGCUCCUCGGCAUGGACUCAUCCUCCAGGGCCGCUCCACAGGCUGGCCCUCACACCCACUGCGCCCCGGAUCGGAUGCUGUGCGCCGGGGGAGAGGAAUAGUUGAGCCGCUUCUGGAGGCGAUUCACGGGAAUGAGGAGGAGGAGGAGGGGGGCCCUCUUCACACCAAAAUACCACUACCGAGAUUUCCAGUAGCGAGCUCAAGGUUACACGACAGCCGGUCUUCACCCCGGGAACUCUGCUGCAAAAUGGCAUCAAGUGUUUUCGUGAUCUGAGGUAAAAAUAAAAAGAAGAAGCGGAGAUUGAGCGGAACCCCCACCCGGGGACGGUGUCGCCUCCGAGGCCCGAAACUGUUUCCGAGCGCAGCCUCCUCAUCUGGGAAACCGCUGGCACCAUGAUGGAGCUGCAGAUCGACGAGGUGGUCUACCAGGACGACUACGGCUCCGGCUCCGUGAUGUCGGAGCGGGUGUCGGGCCUGGCCAACUCCAUCUACCGGGAGUUCGAGCGGCUGAUCCGCAGCUACGACGAGGAGGUGGUGAAGGAGCUGAUGCCGCUGGUGGUGAACGUGCUGGAGAACCUGGACGGGGUGCUCACCGAGAACCAGGAGCACGAGGUGGAGCUGGAGCUGCUGAAGGAGGACAACGAGCAGCUCAUCACCCAGUACGAGCGGGAGAAAGCGCUGAGGAAGCAGGCGGAGGAGAAAUUCAUUGAGUUUGAAGAUGCCUUGGAAGCUGAGAAGAAGGACCUGCAGGUACAGGUGGAGUUUCUGGAGCUGCAUGGGAAACAGCUGGAGCUCAAGACGAAGAACUACUCCGACCAACUCACUCGGCUGGAGGAGCGAGAAUCCGACAUGAAGAAAGAGUAUAACGCUCUGCACCAGCGCCACACUGAGAUGAUCCAGACGUACGUCGAGCACAUAGAGCGGUCCAAAAUGCAGCAGGCAGGGACCAACAGCCAAUCGGAUGGCCCCGGCUGUGGACGAACCAAAGCGGAGCGCCCGCCGUCGUUGAGCCUGUACCCCACCGGCGAGGGCAUGGUACGUGGGGGUCUCGGGGGGGCUAGGAAGAUGCCCGGGAAAGACAUCUGGCAGGUCAGCGAGCUCGGCCAGUCUAUCUCCAGCUCUGCCUUUCAGGAGGAUGGAUCCGAGUCCGACUCAGUAGCAGCCACGCCCAGCAGCACGGGGAGCAAGUCCAACACACCCACCUCCUCCGUCCCCUCCGCCACCGUCACCCCGAUCAACGAGGGCUUCCCCCCACACUCCGAGUUCGAUGCCAUGCGGGCCGGGAACCACAGGAAAGGGGCCAAGCGGCUCAGCCGGAAUAUGGAAGUGCAGGUUUCACAGGAAACCAGGAACGUCAGCAUCGGUAUGGGAAGCAGUGAUGAGUGGUCCGAGUUCCAGGAGAUCAUCGAUUCUACUCCUGAGCUCGACAUGUGUGUGGACCACCGUGUGUACGGAGGAGGGAACAGCCCCUCCCAGGGCAUCGUGAACGAGGCCUUCGGCAUCAACACCGACUCCCUCUACCACGAGAUCAAAGACGCCAAGUCGGACAUCAUCGGAGACGUAGACGCCGGCGCCGAGCUGCUCGGCGAGUUCUCAGGGAUGGGCAAGGAGGUGGAGAACCUGCUGACAGAGAACAAACAGCUCCUAGAGACCAAAAACGCUCUGAACAUUGUGAAAAACGACCUGAUUGCCCAAGUGGACGAGCUGUCGGGGGUGCAGGAGGUGCUGAGGGAGGAGCUGGAGGCCGUGAGGCAGUCGAAGAACAAGGUGGACGCCAGAGUCAAGGAGCUGGAGGAAGAACUCAAGAGGUUAAGAGCCGAAGCUCUCGGUGCGUCUCGGGACUCAAAGGAUGAAGGAGCUGAUGAUUACUCAUCACCCAUGCAGGACGGUGACAUGACAUUGACGCAGCGGCGGCGCUUCACCCGGGUGGAGAUGGCACGCGUGCUGAUGGAGAGGAACCAGUACAAAGAGAGACUGAUGGAGCUGCAGGAGGCCGUACGGUGGACGGAGAUGAUCAGGGCGUCCCGGGAGAGUCCUGCAAUCCAAGAGAAAAAGAAGUCAACCAUCUGGCAGUUCUUCGCUCGUCUCUUCAGCACCUCCUCCAGCCCUCCUCCGGUCAAGCGGCCGUACUACAGCGUCAACAUCCACUACAAGUCGCCCUCGCCGGCCGGCUUCUCUCAGCGCCGCAGCCAAACCAUGUGUCAGAUCUCCACCUCCAACCGCACGCUGGAGUUCUUCCCCGAAGAACUGGCCAGUAACGGUGUUGCGUCUCUCCUCAGUGACUCGGCGCUCGUAGCCCGCCGAGAGCAGCGGCGCGAGCAGUACCGGCAGGUCCGCGAGCACAUGCGCCGCGAUGACGGCAUCAUGCAGGCUUGUGGCUGGAGUGUGCCGUCACGCUUCAAACAGACUGGUGGUCAGACGGACACCGCUCAGGAAAGCCCGCUGAAGAGACAACAGACCACCAACGACAAAGAUGACAAUCGCAUGAAGAAUGUUCCUGUCCCGGUGUACUGUCGCCCCCUGGUGGAGAAGGACCCCAACAGGAAGUUGUGGUGUGCGGCGGGCGUGGACCUGUCAGGGUGGAGGGCCGGCAGCCAGGAGGCGGGCCCCGGCAGAGCCCUGAUGGGCGGCAGCGACCCCCUGCACGCCGACGAGGACGGAGCGGAGAAGAAGAGCAGCCACACGUCCCCGGAGAAGAGGAAGUCAAAGGAGCUCCAAGAAACAGACAGCAUGAACAGUCGCGUGUGGAUUCUCACCAGCACUCACUCUGCCAGCAAGGUGGUCAUCAUCGACGCCAACCAGCCGGGCUCACUGGUCGACCAGUUCAACGUCUGCAACGCCCACGUGCUCUGCAUCUCCAGCGUGCCAGCUGCCAGUGAGAGCGACUACCCGGCGGGAGAGAUCGUGUUGGAUCCGGGGGACGGUGGCGCCGGUGCAGGCGAGGACAGCGGCAGCGUGGAGAACAUGUUGGCCGGUAUCACUCUCGUCGGCUGCGCCACCAACUGCAGCGUGGCACGAAGCAACUGCUCCUCACGCACUGACACCCCCAUAAUGGACAAAGGACAAGCCCCCACCGCUCCCCCCAUGAACGGGAAGAUUCACCCUGCACAGUCGGCCGAGGAAGCCACUGAAGCCACAGAGGUCUCGGACUCAACGGCCAGCCACACGAUGGGAUCCGGUCCUCCGGGACCGUUCACCGAGCACGUCUUCACCGACCCCCAGCCGCGUCCCACAGACGUCUCCGACAGAAACGGAGGCCUGUCCAAAGAGGAUACGUCUCAGCCCACAGAGUCAGAGGACGGAGGGGACGAGUCCAAAAACUACACGAGCGUGGCCCCCACCAUGUGGCUCGGGGCCCAGAACGGCUGGCUCUAUGUGCACUCGGCGGUUGGAAACUGGAAGAAGUGUCUCCACUCCAUCAAACUCAAAGACUCGGUGCUCAGCUUGGUGCAUGUGAAAGGUCGUGUGCUGGUCGCCCUCGCUGACGGGACCCUCGCCAUUUUCCACAGAUCAGAGGACGGCCAGUGGGACUUGUCCAACUACCACCUCAUGGACCUCGGCCGGCCUCAUCACUCCAUCCGCUGCAUGGCGGUCGUCCACGACAAGGUGUGGUGCGGCUACAAGAACAAGAUCCACGUCAUCCAGCCCAAGAGCAUGCAGAUCGAGAAGUCCUUCGACGCGCACCCCCGCAGGGAGAGCCAGGUGCGGCAGCUGGCGUGGAUCGGCGACGGCGUGUGGGUGUCGAUCCGGCUCGACUCCACCCUGCGGCUCUACCACGCCCACACGCACCAGCACCUCCAGGACGUGGACAUCGAGCCGUACGUCAGCAAGAUGCUGGGUACCGGCAAGCUGGGCUUCUCCUUCGUGCGAAUCACGGCGCUUCUGAUUGGUGGGAAUCGCCUGUGGGUAGGAACUGGGAACGGUGUGAUCAUCUCCAUCCCACUGACGGAGACGGUGGUCCUUCACCGGGGACAGCUCCUGGGUUUGAGGGCCAAUAAGGUGUCUCCAACAUCCUCCACUGGAGUCAUCCACGUGUACGGUGACGACGGCUCUGAGAAGAGCAGCGGCAGCUUCAUCCCCUACUGCUCGAUGGCCCAGGCCCAGCUCUGCUUCCACGGACACCGAGACGCUGUCAAGUUCUUCGUCUCAGUGCCCGGCAAUGUUCUGGCCACCCUGAACGGCAGCGUGCUGGACAGUCCGUCUGAGGGGCAGGGCUCCACAGCGCCCCCAGAGGCCGAGACCCAGAGUGUUCACAACGUGCUGGUGCUGAGCGGAGGAGAGGGCUACAUCGACUUCCGUAUCGGCGAUGGAGAGGAUGACGAGACGGAGGAGGGCGAGAGCGGCGGGGCCACGCAGAUGAAACCUGCCUUGUGCAAAGCGGAGCGGAGCCACAUCAUCGUCUGGCAGGUGUCCUACGUCCCCGAGUGACACCUGGAGCUGCUUUAAUGCCCCACACCCACCCACCCGACCACCACUUCCUCCUCCUCCUCUUCCUCCUUCUCCUCACCCUGGCCCCAAAAGCUUCCAGCCGCCCAAACCUUGUAAUUAUCCCCGAUCGAGGAGAAGCUCCCUUGGCUCUGAAAUGAGCCUCCAAGCUGUGUAUGGUCCCUUGUAACUAUGAUAUCCCCUCCUGCACCAUCACCUUGUAACUCUCAAGCCUUGUAAGUACCUCCUCUAGUAAUCUGCCUGCCAUCCUAUCUCUCCCACCCAGGGCAUUGUUAACCAUCUUUAUGAGCUUUGUAACCCAGCCUCUUAACUACCUCCCCUCCUCUGUGUCGAUCUUAUAUCCACCCUGUGAGCAAACUGUAUCUCCUCCUAUAUUUACCUCAAUUGCCCCCGAAUCAGCCCCGAGUGAGUCGUCCUCUUCCCUCAUUUAGUUUGUCUCCUGUGAAACCUCCACCUCGUCUCGAAGUGAAGCCCACAGACCCAGAAUGCAACAGUUUUACCAAAAAUAAAAGUGUAACAAAACUGACUUCUACCACAAAUCAGCCGAUCAGAUAAUCCAUAACCAUUUGAGACUGAAACCAUGAACCCUGAUUGUUGACGGGUGCAGAUUACAGGUGCUUUGACACUUUGUAUCUUUUUUGGCAUUAAAACUGUUGCGAAACGAUUUAAGUCGUUAGGGUGUGUUGACAUUUUGAGGAUUUGUUGAAUUAAAAUAAAUGUAAAGUAAAUUUUACUACUUGUCAAAUUUAGUCUGGGUUAUUUGGGCUGUUACCUUAAAAAUGUUUUGCAUCCCAUCUUGCCUCUGUUUUGAAGAGUCCUGAUUUAGGUGUUGUUCCUCAGAGCGACGUUAUUUGGGCCCGAAAACGACAGGAAAUGUCCGGGGCACCUGCGGCAGCAUGACGUCGAUCAGAGAUCAGAACGUGUGUACGUGCUUUAAAGCUCGCGAGAGGUCGAGGGUCGAGUCCGGAGCACAUCUCUCUCUCUCCUCUGAACGGCUGUGGAUCGGACUGCUUGGUGUCAAGCAGGCGAGCGGGGGGGCAUGUCGUCAGAACGUGUACAGGGAUUAUUGUAAAUCUCCAGACACACCGAAGCCCAUCCUCUCUGUUCAGUAUGGAAAUUCAUGCAUCGAUCUCCAUCCGUGUGGAUUAAAUAUUAAACAUAUUUGUGU